AACGGCAAGUUGCAGGAACAGCUAUUAUAUAUCCUCGCCUAUAAUUGUGAUGUUGAUCUAAUAUCACAUCACUGGGCGCAAAUAUCUUAGCAGUAUCUGAAAAAUGUCCGCUUGAAAAUAGAAACGACUGUGCCGUAUGCCUCUCAACUUCAGCUCUGCAUGUGCUCACCGAAGAGGAAGAGGCGAAGAGCCGAAGAAGAGAGAAAGCAUCUGCUCGGCUGCUCCCCUGUCCUCCAUGUCGGCUGGGAGCGGUUUGCAGCUCAGCUUCGCCGUCCCCGGGGUCGCGCAACGGACGAAACAGCCGGUCCGACCGUCACAGUGAUUUGUCCGUCCGACGCGAGCCUAACUGAAAGGCUGAAAUUCUGAAAAGGAACCUCGCCUCGCGACGUCCCCGCCAGCUUUGGCGCGUCGCCGGCGCGCCGCCGUCGUGGGAUCUGAAAUCUGAUCGACCUCGUGUUCCCGUAGCAGCCAACCCAGCCGUAUUCCCGGGCACCCCCCCGCGUCGCUGUCUCUCACUGGCUAGGCACGCCCAGGCCCCACGCGGCCGCGCAAAAAUCUCCGCGCGCAACACGUUGGCUGAUGCGUGCGUGUGUGCACGCAGCAAGCGGCGUCGGCAAAUCAGCUUGCCUGGCUCCUGCCUCGUGCUCCGUGCGCGCUCCACACAAGAAGGCUGGAGCACGGCCGGCGUCGUGUAUUCGUCCAGCCAGCCAUACGUAUAGCCAGCCGUAUGGGCCGCGCGAGACCUUAUCCUCUUGCCCCUAUAAAAUCCGCGCCCGCUCCAAAUCCCGCCAUCGUCCACGCAAACUCUGAAACCCGUACGUGCGCCACACGAUAACUCAAUCAAGAGGUAGCGAUCGAGAAACACGCAGCUCGGACAUGGCGCUGCGACGACGCGUCGUCGUGUCGAUGCUGCCGCUUCUUCUCCUGGCGCUCUCGAUGAGCUGGUGUUGCGGCGGCGGCGCCGCGGCGCGGCCGGCGCCUUCCUCCGACGCCGUGCCGGGCUUCGUGAGGUCGUGGUGCGCGGGGACGGAGUACCCGGCGCUGUGCGACGCGACGCUGGCGCCGUACGCGGCGGCGGUCGGGUCCAGCCCGGCGCGCCUGUCGUGGGCGGCGCUGACGGUGACGCUGGGCGGAGCGCGGGCGGCGGCGGCCGCGGUGAAGGCGAUGGCGGCCGCGGGCCGCCUGGCGCCCGCGGGCGCCGAAGCCGCGCGGGACUGCGUGAGCAUGCUCGGGGACGCCGAGGACCUGCUGCGGCAGGCGGCGGAGGCCAUGGCGCGGCUCGGCGGGCAGAGUAACAAAGGCGGGCGCGCCGCGACCAGCCGGGACGUGCGGUUCCAGGUGGACAGCGUGCAGGCGUGGGCGAGCGCGGCGCUGACGGACGACGGCAUGUGCGUGGAGGGGUUCAGGGCGGAGGCCGCGGGCGGCGGCGGCGUGAGGGAGGCCGUGCGCGGGCACGUCGCCCGCGUCGCGCACCUCACGGCCAACGCGCUCGGCAUCGUCAACGCCAUGGCCAAGCAGAUGCCGUAGGGUGGUGUUGCUGCUGCUGCGGCCCUCUUGUAUAGGCAUGUGUGCGCCUCGUGCAUACGUACGUAUAGUAUACGUCUCCCUGUGCUGUUUGGCGUCUGUAGUAGAUCAUGAUCGCAUCUGAUUCUGAUCUGUUGGUGGGUGGACAAAUCACGGACUGCUUGUCGUGUACUGCACCCGUGACCGGACAGUGCUACAAGUUUUGUGUCUCGUCCAUGGAUUUUUUAUGGCAUAGUACAGUUCGUUUUGAUGA